CAAGUCUACAAGACUGUGCUUAUACCAUCUUCAGGAAACCUUCUGUCACAUGAUAUUAAAGAGCGAUGAAGCGGGUGUGCUGGUUGGUGAGACAGGACUGCCAGCAUCAGCGAAUCAAACUUCCCCAUUUGGAAGCAGUUGUGAUUGGUCGAAGCCCAGAGACCAAGAUCACAGAUAAGAAAUGUUCCCGACAACAAGUACAGUUGAAAGCAGAGUGUAACAAAGGCUAUGUCAGAGUAAAGCAGGUGGGGGUCAAUCCCACCAGCAUUGACUCAGUCAUCAUUGGGAAGGACCACGAGAUGAAGCUGCAGCCUGGCCAGGUUCUCCACAUGGUGAAUGAACUUUAUCCAUACAUUGUAGAGUUUGAGGAAGUAGCAAAGAGUCCUGACCUAGAAACACAAAGGAAGAGAAAGAGGUCAGACUGUGAUGGUGAGGAGGAGGAUACUGCUCAGGAGGCUGAGUCUGGGGCAGAGCUAGCCCCUGGGAGCAGUCCCAGCCAGUGCUCUGUGCCUCCUAAGAAGGGCAAGGAUGGAGUCACCAAAGAGGGAUCACUGGGCCACUGGAUUCAAGGCUUGAAGAUUUCUAUGAAAGACCCCAAAAUGCAGGUUUACAAAGAUGAUCUGGUAGUGGUGAUUAAGGAUAAAUAUCCCAAGGCCCGUUACCAUUGGCUGGUCUUACCAUGGGCCUCCAUUUCCAGUCUGAAGGCUGUGACCAGUGAACACCUUGAACUUCUCAAACAUAUGCACACUGUAGGGGAAAAGGUGAUUGCAGAUUUCGCUGGAUCCAGCAAACUGAGCUUCCGGUUGGGUUACCAUGCCAUUCCCAGCAUGAGCCAUGUACACCUUCAUGUGAUCAGCCAGGAUUUUGAUUCUCCUUGCCUUAAAAACAAAAAACACUGGAAUUCUUUCAAUACAGAAUACUUUAUGGAAUCACAAGCUGUGAUCAAGAUGGUUCAGGAAGUUGGCGGAGUGACUGUUAAAGAUGGGACUUCUGAACUCUUGAAGCUGCCUCUCCGUUGCCACAAGUGUCAGCAGCUGCUGCCUUCCAUCCCGCAGCUGAAAGAGCACCUCAGGAAGCACUGAGGCGGGUGACACUCUCCCCGGGACUGAGUGCAGUGCCAGUGUUGUCUGCACUGCGUGCCCCAUGCAGUCCUGAACUAAAAUAUGCAGCUUUUCAAAGCAA